GAAGAAUGGAGUGAUACCUAUAGUCUACCUUCCCCCUUCUGUGAAAUCUCCGAUGUCUGAUAGAGUUCUAGGCGACAUUGCGUACUCUCGUAUCCUCAAUCAGGAUGUUAUCAUCUUGAACUCUGAGAAGGUAGCGCGAGUACUGCUUGAGCAGCGCUCAAGCAACUAUUCUGACAUGCCCCGCUUUGCUACAUUGGAAUUUCAAGUAACAUGAUCCGUGAUUUGAGACCUACUCAUACUGCUGCUCUUCAAGGUUUGGUAUUUCAUUUAGGACAAUCAUGCGAAGCUAUAGUGAUAUUUGGCGCAUGCACAGACGAAUAUUCCAUCAAGCCUUUCGCCCUGAAGCCGCUGUUAUCUACAGACCUAUGCAGCUUCACAAAGCGCACCAGCUCUUAGUCGAUCUUCUCCAUGACCUGGCUAAUUAUGAACCGCAUCUUGGAACGCAAUCAGCGUCCAUUAUGUCUGCUAUCUAUGGCUACGACACGAAGCCCAGUGAUGCUCUCGUCUCCAUUAUUCAGGGAACAAUGGAUAGAAUUCUUCAUGCCGAGACCCCGCACAAAGCGGCUAUCAUCGACGCCUAUCCUGCCUGUAGGUUGUAUUUGCAGUUUCGAGAUUACCUUGAUAGAAUGCAAAAGUAAUGACCUUAAUCCCUGCCUGGUUCCACGGAGCAUCAUCCAAGCGCCAUACUUUGGAACUGAAGAAUGUGCUUAACGAUACGGUUGAGAAACCAUUCGAAUAUGCUUGUCUUUGUACAGACAAUGGUUCUCAAUCCAAAAGUUCAGAAACGUGC